UUACGCGUAAAAGUGGCGCACAUACAGUCUUCUGAUUGGUCCACUUCUAGGCUACUGCACCGCGUCAUUUACUAUUUGCAUUGAAGUUGGACUUUGUCCGAACUUUUCAUCGUUCAGCGUCGCUGGUUGUCGCGUUCCCAUUUGGACACGCCUGGACGUGCUUGCAGUGGCGUGUGUGCACAGUACAGUUGUUUAAAGACCGGAACCGCGUUAUGCUCGCCGUUUGUGUUGACGUGCCAGGAGGACCAGAGAAUCUGCGAGUGGGCACGGUACCCAAACCCCGACCUAAAGAUGGAGAGGUCUUGAUUAAAGUUCACGCCACUGCCCUCAACAGAGCUGACACAUUGCAGAGGAGAGGGCUGUACCCCCCGCCCCCGGGAGAGAGCAACAUCCUGGGCCUGGAGGUGGCCGGCACGGUGGCCGAGGUGGGCCCCGGCGUGAGGGGCCCCUGGGUGCCGGAGGAGAGGGUCAUGGCCCUGCUGUGCGGCGGAGGCUACGCCGAGUACGUGGCAGUGCCGGAGGAGCUCCUGCUGCCGGUGCCCCCCGGGCUGACCCUCUGCCAGGCGGCGGCCGUCCCCGAGGCCUGGCUCACCGCCUACCAGCUGCUUCACCUCGUAGCCGAGGUGAAGGCGGGGGAGGUGGUGCUGGUGCACGCCGGGGCCAGCGGCGUGGGAACGGCGGCGGUGCAGCUGGCGCGCCUGGCCGGCGCCGUGCCCGUGGUCACAGCGGGCUCCGCCCAGAAGGUGGACGCGGCGGUGGCGCUCGGGGCGGCGGCCGGGUUCCUCCACAGCCAGGGGGACUUUGCAGACGGAGUCCUGGGCUACACUGGAGGCCACGGCGCGGACGUGAUCCUCGACUGUGUCGGUGGGACCAUGUGGGAGAGGAAUGUGCGCUGCCUGGCGGUGGACGGCCGCUGGGUGCUGUAUGGCACCCUGGGGGGCAAGGCCGUGCAAGGAGACCUGCUGGGCCAUCUCCUUAAGAAAAGGGGCCGGCUCAUCACCAGCCUCCUGCGUUCUCGGAGCCUCCAGUAUAAAGCUGACCUGGUGAAGGCUUUCUCAGAGAGAGCCUUGCCCUUCUUCACAGACCCACAUCAGCCCGCCCUGAAGCCAGUGAUUGACAGCGUGUUCGACCUACAAGACAUCGGCGAGGCCCACAAACACAUGGAGGCCAACAGAAACAAGGGAAAGAUUGUUGUUAUAGUGACUCCACAGAAUCAGGGUGGGGAGUGAUGGCUAGAGUUUACACAAACAGACCUUGCUCAUUAUGGACCAAAUAAAGAAGAAUAAUUAAUCUGUGUGGAUUGUCUUUUUGAUUUGUUUUG